AUGGAGGGAGCCAGCGCCUCUGCAUUCGUCACUGUUCAGAAGAUCUACUACCCGCUGCUUUGCAUCAUGGGUAUUCCAGGUUGGUAUCUAGCGGUCUUGUUUGGUCUGUGGACAUUUAUGCAUGAGCAGGUUUUAUUAGACAGGCUGGUUUCGAGUCAUGACCAGGUGUACGUUUAUCAGUUACUAAUGACUUUAUUAUCGACCAUCAAUCACUUUUGGUACACUCUGUUUUGACGAAGUAACCAUAACAACCAUAUUUCCUCCAAAUUAACACCAUAGAUUAAAGACCUAAAGAUGGAAAUUAUGACUUUAUUUAUUAUUACACUGGUUGAUCUUGUAAAUCUUCAUAUAUGACGGUCGCCGUCUGGUUAUUUGAGGGAGUAAUGAUCACAAAUUGAUCUCAGAAGUCCCACCUUUUCUUUUCUCCUUAAAUUCUUUCUUUAUGGGGCUUUUCUUAGUUUGAUAGAGCAGCUUAAGAGAGAAACGGUUCAAUUGUUAUGAUUUCCUAAUAAGAUGUUUUAGAUGAACCCUGAAAGCAGGAUCAGAAGCAGAAGAAGUGUUCAGUGAUUUUAAUAAAAUGGAGGUUGGGUGGUGGAGGGGAAUCCAAGGUACGAGGUGUGGAGGAGGCAAAGGUGUGAGAGCUCGGGGUGAAGGCAGGUGAGUGAACGUAGCAGCAUGGCAGAGGUUGGGCAAAGCACUGGUGGCUCGAGAAGGCACUUGGGGGAAAAGGAAGAGAGCAGGAUUAAUUGCAGGCAAACACAUAACACUAGAAAAGCUCAAUACUUGAAAUACUUGCCAGUAGACUAGCCGAGAAAAUCUGAUACAAACAUGAUCCAGAAACACCAGAGACCUCUCUUGACCUGAGUCUAUUUAAGAUGAACUGAGGGGAAGUAGAGUUAUAGACACUAUAGUCUCUGCUCUAGAAAGUGGACCAGCUUCCUUUUUUUGAUCAAAUUUAAAAUGAGCAUAUAUUUGGCUUGAAUGAGAUAAUACCUAUAACAGAUCCAUUGAUUAGAAAUGAGGCCAUAUACAGGCAGGAAACCUUUGUGUUCUUGUCUUCCAGCCAACCUCUUCACAUUCUACAUGAUCUGCUUCCGUAAAUGUGGGAUGUCUGACACCGCCAUCAUCUACCUAAGCUGUCUGGCCAUUGCUGACACCUUCUACCUGGUGUGGGUGAUCCUGAUUGACCUGACCCUUACCUUCUGGCUGGUGCAGCCCUUCUGGCACUCCCACCCUAUGUGUGGCAUCCUGGGGUUCCUGCAGUAUGGAUCACUCUACAGCUCCUCCUGGAUCGUGGUGGUCUUCACCAUUGAACGUUUCCUGGUUUUGCGCAGCACGGCUGCCAAGCAGCACUUCUCUCAGGCUCAGGUCACCAGACUAACCUGUGUGGCUAUCGUCCUGGUGUCACAUCUUGUCUCGGUGCCAAUUGCCUGGAUCAAUGUUGUCUCACCUAUGAACUUAACUGUACAUGGGGAGAACAUAACGCUGCCCAGGUGUCAUUACCGAGAUCAUGCCUACUCUACCAUCAUUGUGUGGAUAACCACCUUCCUCUCAGGGGGAGUGCCCAUAGCGUUGGUAAUCAUCUUCAAUUACCUGAUCGGGCAUCAUCUGUGCCAUGCGAGCAACCUCUUCACCAAGGAGGAGCGCCGCGUCAUGCACGGGAGGAGCACUAGAGGCAUGCUGAGGAGGACCAUCCUGCUUUUGGGAACUGUGUCCAUAACCUUUGUUAUGCUUAGUUUACCCCGCUUUGUCACAUACUGCAUCCUGAGGACAGCGUACAACAGAGAUAACUUUGACAGGAACAACUACAGCAUCCCCAUCAAUGUGGCCGGAGACUUGGCCAACAUGCUGCAAAACCUCAAUUCCACCACCAACUUUCUGCUCUACUGCAUGGUCAGCCGGCGCUUUCGGCGGGAGCUGGUCCACGUGGUGACUUGUAAAAAGAAGGCUCGUGAGCUGGGCUCUGUGAUCACCCAAACCACCAGGAAAGUCUUCUCUGUUGUGGAUCAUCUGGCCUUACCAUCCAGCAACAACCGCCCAGUGGUGCUAACCAACCUCAAACAGGCAGAGUAG